GUAUUUACAUACGGCAGCCCACAUUUUUCACCAGAGUCUGGUGUAUUUUCUUUUUUUGGGGGUUGUUUGAGACUUGCAGGAGCAGCGAGAUGGCUCUGCCAGACAACCCCUGCGAGCUCCCUAACGGGGAGGCCGCUUUCCCGGCCGUGGUGGAGUUGAAUGUCGGCGGGCAGGUGUAUGUGACCCGCCACCGCACGCUGGUGGCCGUGCCCGACUCCCUGCUCUGGCACAUGUUUAGCCGGAGCAGCCCCAAGGAGUUGCCAAAGGACAGCAAGGGUCGCUUCUUCCUAGACCGCGACGGUUUCCUAUUCCGCUACAUUCUGGACUACAUGAGGGAUCUCAGGCUGGUUCUGCCGGAUUACUUCCCCGAGAGGUGCAGGCUGCAGCGGGAGGCGGAGUUCUUCCAGCUUCGGGAACUGGCCGGUCAACUGGCUGCCAAGGAUGGCAAGACGGACACGCUCAACGAGCGUUGGAGGGGCGAGCAAGAAGGCGGCAAAGAGGCGGAGAAGGGCAGCCCGGUGACGCCGUCUCUCCCGCUGUCGUCCCCGCCAGCAGACAGCACCCAGCCCAGGAGGUCGGGCUACAUCACCGUGGGUUACCGGGGCUCUUACACCAUCGGACGGGACUGUCAAGCCGAUGCCAAAUUCAGAAGGGUAGCCAGGAUUACCGUGUGCGGCAAGACUUCACUGGCCAAGGAAGUGUUCGGAGAAACCUUGAACGAGAGCCGGGACCCCGAUCGCCCUCCCGAGAGGUACACAUCCCGCUACUAUCUCAAGUUCAACUUCCUGGAGCAGGCGUUUGACUUGUUAGCCGAUGCAGGCUUCCACAUGCUGGCAUGUAGCUCCACUGGGACCUGCGCGUACGCCAGUGACCAGGGAGAGGAUAAGAUCUGGACCAGUUACACCGAGUAUGUCUUCUGCAGAGAAUGAGCGAGCCGGAAUGCCAGUCCGCCCCCAUUGAAACCAACCUCUCCCAAAGCUACGAUGCCUACCUACCUAUUUUGUUCCUACGACCUGGACUGCCCCUACAGAAUAGGGCUUCACUUAAUCCUUCGUGUGAGUGUGCGUGAGAAAGAGUGUCACACACGGCACACCUUGCUAAACUGUUCUCCCUUGGUACACAGAGAGUGCGUGUGUGUGUGUGUGAGAGAGGGGAAGGGAGAGGGAGAGAAAGAAAGAUGGGGUGGGAGAGAGAGAGAGAGAAUGAGAAUGAAUCGUAAGGUAGAACGGUUUAGCAAGGCGCAGGAAACCUUAGACGUCCAAACACAGCCUCCACGAGCAGAAGAAGAAUAAAGCGUUGCUACUGGAAACGAUGGUUUAAAUAUGUGGUUUUAUUGAUCCAGAUAACAAGCUGUCAGCCUCACAGAGCGACGGCUUUACCACUAAUACUGAGGGGCGCCCAUAUAACUAAACGCUUAACUAUCAGCCGUCUCUUCCGUUUCUUAAUUUUUACAUACUACUCCACUUAGCUCCUGGCUGACAUACCAGCAGAGAACAGUACUUCCAUCUGAAUGUAGAAGCAGCUGUGUUGUUGGUGUUCCGGGGAGAGGGGCAGCAGAUUUCCGAGUUUUGUCCUUAAGAUCUCUGCUUGCAUCCCCAACGUGGCGUCCAUCAUGUCAAAUCCGACAAUAUUAAACACAAAAAAAAUCGGAUCGAAGAAAUUAUUAUACCGUUUUAGUACACGCCGCAGUUGCAUGCAUGCUGCUUGUAGUGUGCAUUAACUUUUCGAAGUCCGAAAGAGUGUUUAACCUCGCUUUCUACCCUGCCAUUUUGAAAACUGUUUAAGCGAAGCUUAAACUUGCACUUCCAGGAGAAGAACUCUCGAAGUGGUAUGAUUAUCAUCGCGAUUCGAUCUUGUGAUAGCGGCAGUUCGUGUCACUGCAGUUUUAUAGGAUAUAGGAUUUAAGUCACUUCAAUAAUAAUGCAAAUGGUUUCGAUAUAUCUAACAGGAAGUUUCUCUUCCUCAUUUAUUGCUUGCUGUAAAUGAAGCAUGUUAAAAAGGACUUAAUAUUUUUCAUUAACAACGAGACGACUAGUCAAGCAUGGAGACCAAAUGUAGAAUCACCCUAUUGGUUUCUUGGUUUCAAUAUUCAGAAUUAUUACCUUGAAAUCGGGACCAAUAUUGCACUAGAAUAGUGUUGAAACCUGCUUUUUCUUUGUAAUUGCAUAAAUAUCUGCCGGAGUGCAGAAAUAGAAACGGCAAUUGUGAAAGCAAGUACUACCUUGUGUUUGAAGGGCUGGCAAGGGAAUUAAAAAGUUAUGUAAAAGUAGUAGGAGAAGAUAUAAGCUCAGGGCGCAAGUGUGGAGGACAAAGACGGAACUUAGUAAGGGAUUCUGAACUUCGGUGUAGUCACAGUUCCUGGGCCUGACAUUUGAUAAUCAGGGUAAAUGACUUGAAUUUCAUUUAGAUUCUAGGUUACCAUCAUAUUCUUUCUUUCCUGAAGAGUUCUUCUCUGGCAAAGCCCUUUUUCUCUCCGCUGAUAGUAACCACCUGCUGGGACUUGUCAGUCUGUGUUUGCAAUCAGUUAGCAGUGUUAUCAAGUUAUUGUCGUUGUUGUGUCAGGUCUGGCUAAUCAGAAGAACUAAGUUCAACAAUGGGAAAAAUGUCUAAUUUCUUGCUGAAGACAACUCCUAUAGUUUCAAAGGUUUAACAUAUUUGCAGUGAUCUAAUAUGGACACAUUUUUAGAUCUGUCCAGAAGAAAACGAUUUAUCAUUCUUCCUUUCACCUUUCACUCUUGGCUCUUAGCUACCCUUUAUGGCUUCUAGGUGAGAGCUCUAGUAGCAAGGCAUCUUUAAGACGGUCAUUGUAAACUUCCUGUCCCAUUCCUACAGCUGCUGCUUCAGUGGACAUUUACAAAGUAGCCAGGAAUGGUUCAGGCAGGACGGCUGUUUACUUUGGAGUUAUGAGGUUCUUUGUAGGCAUAUUAGUUUUUAUUUAAUGUAUGUUCACAAACUGACAAAAUAUAAAGCAGUUGCUGAAAUCAGUUAGGGCAGAUGGAGUAGUGUGAUGGUUUAAUUCCAAACACUGUUUAUGGACUGUUUAAAACAGUAUGGAUUGGGAUUAAUCUGGAUGGAAUUGAGAACUUUUAUUAUAAAAAAAAGGGGACAGCAUGUCAGUAGAGAAAAAUAAAGAGCAGUUAGUUCAGUGCUUUGCAAUUUCUCUAUGAUGUAUGUAAAGGAGCCAUAUUGUUUGUCAAUCAACAGUGCACUGGGUCUUUAAAAUCAGAUAAUUAAAUAAUGUAGUUUAUAUUUCCCUGCUUUCAUGUUAAUUUUAACUAUUGCCAUCUUGUUAGGUGCUAGUUAUAGCUCAGUGGAUAUUUGCAUUAAGGAAGUUAUAUUAGCCUAUAAUUUUGAGCACCACUGCAUAGAUAUCAUCAAUUGCUAAGCAUAUAAUACUUGCCACACCUUCCACUAUUGUUCCACAAUGCUGUUUUGAAGCAGAGCAGAGGAAUUGUUGUCACUUUUGGCCAAUAUGUAUUACUCAAUCAAUAGAUUAUCUUUCCUACUUACUUAUCUAAAUCCAUCAUCCCUACUGUGACAUAGGCCACUGACAGCAGUUUGCUAUCUUCUUGGUCUUCUCGACAAAGGUUUUCCCUUUCCCAGAGAUGGGGUCUUUGGAGCUUCUAUGGGCAUUUCUGUAGCUCUGGGUUUUUGGUGGGAUGGGUUUGCUAACCCCAUACUGAACCCUCCUCUUUCACAGCUGAGCUUGGGAUCGUGCAUGCUGGAGUUAAUACAUUAUCUGCACAUUAAUAUAAAGCUGCUUGUGGCGUUAAGAUAUGCACAAAUUAGUAGUGAUACUUCAUCACUACAGUAAUAACAAUCCAGAGAAUUAUUUCAUUAACUAAAGCAACUUGAGGAAUCCAGAAGACAUGAAAAUGACUAUAUCAAUGCAAGUAUUUUCUUUUACUACCAUACUGGUAGCAUACAAAAGAGAAGCUCUAUUGGGAAAAAAUAAUAACCAUCCUUACAUCUGUAUUUAAUACUUGGCAAAUAUGCUUCCAUCCAAAUUAAUCCAUUCAUAGGAUGACAAUUGCCUAGAGAUAAAAUCCUAAAAAGAUUGUACUACCUGAAGGGAUGCUUUAUUUAUGGGAACAUUUUAUUUUAAAUGCAGGAGUUUAAACAGGGAGAGGCAAGUAAAGGGCCAGUCAUCCAUCAGAAAAUAUAGAAUCUCACAAUUAUUUUGGAGCAGUUUUAGCACUGACACAUUAUUAAUGAGCUAAAGAAAAUGUGACUUUUUAAGUUAUUAAAUAAAUAAUUUCCCCAAGUGAGAUAGAAGAGUUAAACCCAGAAUAGUACUUCGAAGAUCAGGACUAGAAAUUUAAGAUCAAACGAAUUUAAUGGAAUCUUACAUAAUAAUUAACUUCCUUGUUCAAGGAUUGAAUAAUGGUUGAAAAAAAUCCAGUAAAAUGAAAGUUUAGCAGUUCCUACAAGAGGCAACAUCUGCUCUGUCAGUUUAGGAAUAAGAUUAAAGUGGUAUUUUCAUUCUUUACCAGACGUCUAAAAUGUAGUUACUUUGAUGUACUAAGAUUGAACUGUAAUUUUGUUUUAUUAAACACUUAAAAAAAUUUAAAUGUUCUACUAAAAAUGUUUCUGUUUAAAAAUGUGUCUGCUUAGCCAUUUCUUGGUGAUUACAAAUUGUAAUUUUUUUUUGUCACACCGAUUUUAAUUAAACACUGCU